UCAUCAAUCUAUCUUGAUGUCAUCACAAACAUCUUUGUUUUUCUUUUAACCUUUCCAGAAUAUCACCGGUCACCACCACGACCCCCUCUAUCCGGAAAUCAAUUGUUUCUUUUAAUCCUACACUCCGAUCCCAUAAUACUUGUUGCUCAUUAUAAAGAUUAUCAGAAAUGGGUAUUAAGCAGCAAAUUAAAAAAUUACUACUCAAAUUUCUAAGCUCGAUAGUAUUUACAUUCUUCGAUUUACUUGAUUAUGUUCUAUGCAUAGUCUAUUCAUACCUUGAUGACUUGUUUGAGGGAAGUUCGCCAUCAUCAACUUCUUGCUACUGUUUUAGGAAAGAGCAAGAGAAUAAUGAUGAUCAAGUUUCGACGACAUUGUACAGGAGGCAGAGCUUAUUUAGAGAUAUGGGUUGUUUCGAGCUUAAAACAAAGAGGAUGAAAAGGUCGAAGCAAAGUUCGUCGGAAUUUGGUAAUAGGUGGUCUGAUUGUGGGUGUGAGUCGUGUGUUGCUUGGAUUAAAAAUGGCGAUGAUCUUCGGCUUCAUCUUGUUGUUCAAGACCCAGCAGCGGAUAUGGAAAACUCAAAGCACAAAUUCAACGAAAAUGUGAUAUUUUUGCACGGUUUCAUCUCGUCAUCCUCGUUGUGGACCGAAACAGUGUUCUGUAACUUAUCAGAAGAUACAAAAAAGAAAUACAAAUUGUUUGCAAUUGAUUUGUUGGGAUUUGGAAGAAGUCCAAAGCCAAGAGAUUGUUUAUAUACAAUGAGAGAUCAUCUGGAAAUGAUAGAGAAAUCAGUUAUCUUUCCAUUUGGAUUGAGUUCCUUCCAUUUGGUUGCUCACUCUAUGGGAUCUAUUAUUGCAUUGGCUUUGGCUGCCAAGUAUCCACAACACAUCAAAUCUAUCACUUUGAUAGCACCUCCUUAUUUCCCUUCGUCUAGUGAUGAAGAUGGGAGCUUAUUAACACUCAGAAAAGUUGCUGAUAAAAGGUUGUGGCCACCAUUAGUAUUUGGUGCAUCAUUUAUGUCAUGGUAUGAGCACUUGGGCCGAACUAUAUGUUUCAUAAUAUGUCGAAACCACAGGAUUUGGGAAUUUCUCCUAAGGCUACUCACUUGGAGAAGGGACCUACAAUUUUCAAUAAUGGACAUAACAAGACAUACUCAUCACUCGGCUUGGCAUACCAUGCAUAAUGUGAUUUGUGGAGGUGCCAAAUUCAUGGAGGAAUAUUUAACAAUCUUGAGAAAUGCAAGGGUGAAAUUUACGAUCUUUCAAGGUGAUGAAGAUCAAGUUUUACCUGUUGAAUGCAGUUAUAACAUUAAAAUGAGAGUACCCCAUGCAGAUGUUAUAAUUAUACCCAAGACUAGUCAUUCUACUAUUAUACUCCGUCAAAUAAAGGAAUUAACUAAAGAUCUUGAGGGCAUUUGGAUGUCAUGUCAUUGAAUUACCUAUUCCUUAAUUAAUUAUUCCAAAAAAAAUAUGUAGUGGUUAUUUGGUAGAAGUAUGCACAUUUUGGAAGUUAUUUUGUUGCAAAGUAUACUUCCUCUGUGUUUUUUUAGUUGACACGUCUUUUUUUCGGAUGACUUUUUUAGUUGACAUGUUUCAAUUUUAUCUUUACUCGUUCUAUC